UCCAUUGGAGUGGCAUCUCACCAAAUUAACUCUUUCGCUCUUUGCAUUUGCAGCAGCAGCGGCAAGGAAGAACAUUGAUGGAGAAGCAAUCUUCUGAUCAGAUGAAAAUUGGCGAUGAAGAGAAGCAUGGCACCAGGAGACUGGGUGGCCUUAGGACCAUGCCUUUUGUCAUAUCAAACGAGACGUUUGAGAAAGUUGCAAGCUUUGGUCUUCUACCAAAUAUGAUUUUGUAUUUGACAAGAGAAUAUCACAUGUCCAACGCCACAGGAACAAACGUUCUCUUCCUCUGGUCUGCAAUUUCCAAUUUCAUGCCGAUUCUAGGAGCCUUUAUCUCCGAUUCUUUCCUUGGCCGCUUUUCUGUCAUUGCAAUGGGGACGGUCAUCAGCCUUGUUGGAAUUAGCAUGUUAUGGUUAACUGCUGUCCUUCCGCAAGCAAGGCCUCCUCAUUGCGCCAGUCCGUUGAUAGAACCUUGUGCCUCACCGACGGCAGCCCAGUUGGCGCUUCUGUUCUCGUCUUUUGCUCUCAUGUCGAUCGGAGCCGGUGGCAUCAGGCCAUGUUCCCUGGCCUUCGGUGCAGAUCAGUUCUACAACCCUAGCGACCCCAAGAACAAGAGGGUCUUGCAAAGCUUCUUCAAUUGGUAUUAUGCUUCAGUCGGACUUGCGAUCAUGAUAUCGAUAACUGUUAUCGUCUAUAUUCAAGUUAAAGUGGGGUGGGUCGUAGGCUUCGGAGUUCCUGCAGGGCUCAUGUUCCUCUCCACAGUCAUGUUCUUAGUGGGUUCACCACUUUACAUCAAGUUGAAGCCGAAUAAGAGCUUGUUCAUAAGCUUUGCCCAAGUCAUGGAGGCAGCUUGGAACAAUAGAGACUUGACUUUGCCUCCAAUUGAAUCUGGUGAAGCCGUAUGGUACUUUCACAAAGGCUCCAAGCUUAUUGCACCUACAGAAAAACUGAGGUUUCUUAACAAAGCUUGUAUGAUAAGAAACUCCGAGGACAUAGAAAAGGAUGGCAGGGCCGUGAAUCCAUGGAAACUAUGCACCGUUAAACAAGUGGAAGAGUUGAAAGCAUUGAUCAAAGUGCUCCCGAUUUGGUCUAGUGGGAUCAUGAUCGCUGUAACGCUAAGCCAACACUCGUUCCCGGUGCUCCAGGCGAUAUCCAUGGACAGACACUUAGUUCCUGGAGGAUUCCAAAUCCCUGCAGGUUCCUUUGGCUUGUUCGCAAUGAUCUCGUUGAUGAUAUGGGUAGCCGCCUACGAUCGAAUCAUAGUUCCCUUGCUAUCCAAGUUCACCAAACGAUCACAAGGAUUCAGCCUCAAAGAACGAAUGGGGAUGGGCUUAGUGGUAUCUUGUGUGGCAACAGCGGUGGCAGCAACUGUGGAACACAAACGACGAACCACCGCAGUAAGACAAGGACUAGCCGAUCAUCCCUACGCGACGGUGCACAUGAGUGCCAUGUGGUUAGUGCCACAAUACAGCCUGAUCGGAAUAGCUGAGGCUCUGAAUGCAAUAGGGCAAAUAGAGUUCUACUACUCCCAGUUUCCUAAGAGCAUGGCUAGCAUUGGUGUCGCACUCUUUUCCCUUGGCAUGGCGGUGGGAAACUUGAUUGGGAGUCUAAUAGUUAGUAUAAUAAACAGUGAGACUAAAAAACAUGGGAAAGUGAGUUGGGUGUCAAACAGCCUUAAUAAGGGUCAUUAUGACUAUUAUUAUUGGGUACUUACAAUUCUAAGCGUGAUAAAUGUCUUCUAUUACUUGUUGUGUUGUUGGGCUUUUGGGUCUCUUGAGAAGGAAAACAAUAAAGAAUGGGAUGAAGGGGAAGACACACAGGAUGAAUUAGAAUCAGAUGACCUUGCUAAGGGAAAGGGAUCCCCCCGUUUGAUCUAUUAA